UGAAAUGAGCAAAACAUAUUAUAAUGCAAAAUGUACAUUAUCAGAAAAUGGUGUAUCUGACUUUGUGAUUGUUGAAGCACAGUCACGUCUUGGAGGUCGAAUGAAAGAAACAACUUUUGCAGGUUAUACAAUUGAAUUAGGAGCAAAUUGGGUUCAAGGAACGCGGAAUCCUGCAACACAACAGGAGAAUCCUAUAUGGACAUUGGCAAAGAAGUAUAAGCUCCAAACUACUCCAAGUAAUUUUGAUGAUCUAUUAACAUAUGAUCAAAAUGGACCUGCCAACUAUUUAAAUGUUAUCAAUAAUGCAUGGGAUAAUUUCUAUCAAGUAGUUGCUGAUGCUAAUAUAAGAAAAACUUCAAAUCUUGAAGAUCUAUCAUUUGCUGAAGGACAAAACCUAAACGGAUUGUUACCUGAAACACCAUAUGAAAAAGUAGCAGAUUGGUGGGUAUUUGAUUUAGAAUAUGCUGAUAAUUAA